ACUUUUUUUAUACUUUUUUGUUUGUUUGUUUUUAACCUCCUGCCAGUGCAAGGCUCCUCAGGUGGUGCCCCAGGGCCUUGCUGCUGAGASGAAAGCCCCGGAGCAGUUCAGAGCUGGAAAGCGCUGCUCGAGGCCCGGCCGGACCUUUCCCGCUCCAUCCCCUCACCCUCCAGCCGCUGUGCUUCCUUACAGCCACUCCGAUCCCCCCUUUGCACUUAGCAAUCCCAGUAAAGCAACAGAUCCCAGUUAGCGGCAGGGUUGCCCUCCUCCUUCCCACCCCUUAAGGGGCGGUGAUAGCGGCGCAGAGGAAGGAAAGGAUGCCACGGAAGCUGUUGUUGCCUUAUAAAUCUGUUUUCCCCCACUUUCGAGCUCCAAGGGCUUUGCAUGACUCCUUGGCAAUGAACGCGGCCAGAAGCGGCUACCGGGUCUUCUCGGCGAACUCCACAGCAGCCUGCACGGAGCUGGCCAAGCGCAUCACCGAGCGUCUUGGUGCCGAGUUGGGGAAAUCUGUGGUGUACCAGGAGACCAAUGGAGAAACAAGAGUUGAAAUAAAAGAAUCAGUCCGGGGACAGGAUAUUUUCAUUAUACAGACGAUCCCCAGAGAUGUAAACACUGCGGUAAUGGAGCUGCUGAUUAUGGCUUAUGCUCUGAAGACCUCCUGCGCCAGGAACAUCAUUGGGGUCAUCCCUUACUUUCCCUACAGCAAACAGAGCAAAAUGAGGAAGAGGGGCUCGAUCGUUUGCAAGCUGCUGGCUUCCAUGCUAGCCAAGGCAGGUUUAACGCACAUUAUCACUAUGGACCUUCAUCAAAAGGAAAUCCAAGGCUUCUUCAGCUUUCCAGUAGACAACCUGAGAGCCUCUCCUUUCCUGCUUCAAUAUAUACAGGAAGAAAUUCCAGAUUACAGAAAUGCAGUUAUUGUAGCCAAGUCUCCUGAUGCAGCAAAAAGGGCUCAGUCUUACGCCGAGAGAUUGCGCCUGGGACUAGCAGUGAUACAUGGGGAGGCCCAGUGUACAGAGCAGGACAUGGAUGAUGGUCGUCACUCUCCCCCCAUGGUCAAAAAUGCAACUGUGCAUCCUGGUCUGGAGCUGCCACUGAUGAUGGCCAAGGAGAAACCGCCGAUAACCGUGGUGGGAGAUGUCGGAGGAAGAAUUGCUAUCAUUGUGGAUGACAUCAUCGAUGACGUGGAGAGCUUCGUGGCUGCUGCGGAGAUCCUGAAGGAGCGAGGAGCCUACAAGAUAUUUGUGAUGGCUACUCACGGGCUCCUGUCUGCAGACGCGCCCCGUCUCAUAGAGGAAUCCUCCAUCGACGAGGUGGUAGUAACCAACACAGUUCCCCAUGAGGUGCAGAAGCUGCAGUGCCCCAAGAUAAAGACUGUGGAUAUCAGUUUGAUCCUCUCUGAAGCCAUCAGACGAAUCCACAACGGGGAGUCCAUGGCCUAUCUCUUCCGCAACAUCACCGUCGAUGACUAGAUCGGGCACUGCCCCUGUCCCGGCUUCCACAAGAGCAGGAGAUAUGCAUGAAAAGGCAAUGCCAUAAAUUAUAGACAUAACACAACUGUUUAUUCUUGUAGGGAGGGUGAAGGUUUUCAGGGACUUGAGCCAUGAGAUACAACAGAAAAAAAAAGAGUCAAUUCAACCAGCACUUUAUAGGUGAACAGAAGAGGCCACUGGCUGUGGGGAGGAUUAUAGGCUUAUACUUUAAUUGGAAGAGAAAUAAGGAGACUUUAAAUGUUUAAAUUCCUUUAUUUUUUGUAGUGUUGUCUCUUGCGCUCUUUUCAAAAAAAAACAAACUACUGUCAGCUUCUAGGAGAUGGGGAAUAUUCAUUUGCUGCGUGUGAACAGAUGUGACAACAGGAGGAAGCAGCCCUCGGGUUUCUUUUCUGCCUGUGACCUGCAUGAGCGAGCGCAGAAGGAAAUGCUUUGUUUCUGCUGCUGUGAGCAGAGCAGAGCCUUGCCGGUUCGGAGGCCUGGGCUCUUGUGCAGCACAGCGAGCGCUUUCUCUGGAGGCAGGUUAGCAGAACGUCCAGAAAAGGCAGYUCGGGGGCAGCCCGUGCCAAGGGCUAGUCAUGGCCUCGUUUCCAGGGGCUGGCAGCACGUUCACGUGCAGCUCUCAGCAGGGCAGGAGAUUGUACUAAAUGCGCUGGCCUUUGCGGUUGCUGAGCUGGGAUUGUUMCUGUGCCGCAGUGGGCAGUCACACGAGGAUCUAGGUCCUCACUUGAACGCUUCUCUGCACAGCAAAGGCAGGCAGGAUUGGAACAAUAUCCACCUCUAACACAACGGUGCUUUCCAAGACACUAACACUGAACCUGCAAUAAAAAGCAAAGGAUUUUUCAUUUUUGGAGCUCCCUUUGACCCCUUUUGAGCAGCUGCUGUGUUGGUACCGUGCAGCAGUUGCUGUAAAUAGACUUGCUUGGCAGCUUGUGCAGCUUCUGCAGGGAAGCAGGACUCGUUGCUUGCUCUUUUCUCAAGUGACACUAAUCCUUGGCUGGAGGGGACACUGCAGAGAGCAGCAGACAGUGCUUGUGAGUUGUGGCGGGCUCUGGGGUUGUGUCGAGGUGAAUUCCCCAAGCUGUGAUCUUCGCCCUUGGUGAGACAGGCUAACACACUCCAGGAAAACCUAUCAUAYUUUCCAGCGUGCUGGUGUAAGGAGCAAAUCCUGCCAGAGGCAAUUGCUUGAGAGAACAGUGCUGAUGAAGGGGCUCUCCCUGGCAGGCAUUUGUUUCACGGCACUCAUCCUUCAGCUUCUGCCUGCAUCUUUYUCUUCCACUCCAGCAUCUUAAAUCUAGACGGUGCCAGGGGCAAGUAAUACUGUGAGGGCGGGAGGAGCCUUGAGUAUUAGGCAAAGAAACCUCUCCUGGUACCAGGGGAGUUCAUCUUGCAGACUGAGAGCUGCCUGCCAGCCCAUGAGUGUGCACAAAAACCCAAACUAAGAGCAGCUGGGUCUUUUCUCAUGUUCAUCACUAAUUUAAGCUAAAGCCCAGGGCUAGAGCUGCGCUUUGGUCACUGAUGCCUUUAUUGCAUUUUCAGUCAAGGCUGUGCUCCUUGAUCACAAUGUGGCUCCUAGGUCGGAGGUGGUAAUGUGUUGCUAUAUUUUAGGUGUUAUUGAACAGAUGGACUAAAGCAUGUGAAAUCCUUGCAAAAAUUACCUCCUUGUUCUGGUCUAAGCCAUUCCUGGACCCUGCUGUUCAUACUGGGAAACAAUGCUAAACAUAUAAAAAAAACUUUGCUUUUCUAAGCCCCCGUCAAACUGCCUUGUCAGACCUGCCCGGAGCUGCCUCGAGGCUUCUUGGCUGCUCUUCCUGUGCUCAGACUUGCUUUUACAAGACAGUAUUUUGCUAGCAACGGGUGAAGCCCUGCACCAGCGAGCAUGGGCUGUGCAGGUGUCCUGUGCUUAGGAGCUCCCAGCCCAGUUAUUGCCUGGUCUCGCUUCAAACUCCAUCCUCGUUGGAAGGCAAGAGCAAUUGGCAGCACUGAAAUCCAAUGUCCAUGUCUCAAAAUCCUUCACAACACUUUAGGAAAACCAGGGAUCUGUAUUCUGCAGACCCCAAAUAGUUGGGGAGCUGGUGGUUUGACACAGAUGUGCGUUUGUUACAAGGCUGUAGCACCCGCCUGAUUUAGCCUAGCUUGGAUCUGAUGUGCCGCUAUCUCAGCUUUGAGUCGAAUCUCUCCUUUUUCUGCCCUGAAAUCCAGCCCUUGCCGUAGCAACGUAAUGAAGUAAGAUGGCCCUUUGCCACCUUACGGGGUCUUGCAGCUUUUUCUGACAGUCAUAUUUGCUUCCUAGAAAGCUUGAACAGGCCCUGUGCAGAAACUUAAACCUUUCCRACUGGCAGCUUUGUCAGUAAGCAGAGUAAAGGCUUAGGAUCCCUCUUCGGAGAGUUAGCUCCUUGUCUUGGUGCAUAUUCCCCUCCUGGAACCUCUGCUCCCUCAUUGAAUUCAGUCUUYGCAGCUUGAAAUGAAGUCUGCACAUACCCAUACACACCAGCUAUAUAUUCUUUGAUUUUGCUGCCUGGAAAUUGAUACCUUCUGUCUUUCAAAG